UGUGCGUCAACCAGCUGAUUGCACAAUCGCAGCCAAUCAGAAGAGGCCUGACGCCGUCGCACGCACGCGACAGGCCAGGCGCGUGCUCGGGCUCGUGCUGGCAAGAGCGCUAUUUGAGAGGUGGGCUGACCUGUGUCGUUUACUGUUGGACUUCUCCCAGACACGUUUUAGCUUAAUAACUGGAGACCACCUUUGAUUAACAAUGUCGCACGCUGGUGCACAAAAGAGCAGCUCUCUGACAUUGGUGCUUAUGGUUGCCUCUGCAGCCAUUGGAGGAACUCUUCAGUAUGGCUUCAACCUCGCCAUAAUGAAUUCCCCCACAACUUUCAUUCAAACCUUUAUCAAUGAGACGAUCAUGGAGCGCUGGGACAUCCAGCUGGAGGACUACCAGGUGACUCUGGUCUGGACAAUCAUUGUCUCCAUCUUCUCGUUGGGGGGCUUCGCGGGGGCUAUUAUUGCAGGACCGAUGACCAUUCGCUUCGGGAGGAAGAAAUGCCUGCUGUUGAGCAAUAUUUUCCUCAUGAGCGGCUCACUCUUGGCUCUGACAAGUAGAGCCGCGAGGUCUUUUGAGAUGAUCAUUAUCUCACGUGUCCUAGUUGGAAUAAAUGCAGGGAUCAGCAUGAAUGUGCAACCCAUGUAUUUUGGAGAAAGUGCACCAAAGCACUUAAGAGGGGCUAUCUCUUUGUCAUCAGCUGUUUUCACAGCAUUUGGAGUUGUGUUAGGACAGGUGGUUGGACUCAGAGAGAUUUUGGGCAGUGAGCCAUGUUGGCAGUACCUUCUUGCCAGUAAUGCCAUUCCUGGACUCAUUCAGCUCCUUACCCUGCCAUGGUUCCCAGAAAGCCCCAGAUACUUGCUCAUCGACAAGGGGGACAAAGAGGCUUGUGUAAACGCUCUCAGACGUCUGCGUGGCUGUGAAGUCCAGAGCAGCGAGCUUGAUGAGAUCCUGCAGGAACAAGCUGAAACCAAAGGCAUGAGGCCCAGCCGACCCUGGGAGCUUUUUGCUGAUCGCUCUGUGCGCUGGCAGCUCAUUUCUGUCAUUGUCAUCAGCAGCGCCAUGCAGCUUUGUGGCAAUGACUCGAUUUACUUCUAUGCGUCAUAUGUGUUUAAAGAGGCCGGAAUAUCAGAUGAUAAAAUCCAGUAUGUCACAAUUGGCACGGGAACAUGUGAAUUCACAGCCUGUAUAAUGUGUAACCUGCUGAUAGAGCGCAAAGGUCGGAGGUUUAUGCUGAUGGGAGGGUUCAUCCUCAUGACCGUCUGGGCUGUUGUCUUCACAAUCGCUCUGUCAUUUGAGCACUAUAUAUCCUGGAUGCCGUACCUGAGCAUGGCCUGCAUCUUCACCUAUAUCCUCAGCUUUGGCAUGGGACCAGCUGGGGUGACGGGUGUUCUGCCCACAGAGAUCUUCAAUCAGACCGCUCGGCCAGCAGCCUACAUGAUCGCUGGCUCCAUGAUGUGGCUCAACCUGUUUAUCAUUGGAAUGAUCUUCCCAUUUCUAGUGAGUGAGUUGAGCGAGUACUGCUUUGUGCCUUUCGCGGCGGUCUGUCUGGUGUCUGCGCUGUACGUCGGCCUGUUUCUGCCUGAGACGAAGGGGAAGUCUCUGUCGGCCAUCACAAGUGAAUUCCACAAGCUCAACUUCAAAGGCCAGGACAGAAAGUGUUCAUCGCAAACACAAGCUCAGUACCAGCUGGGUGAAGUGUGUCUUUCCACAGCCUUGUAGACGGACUUUUAUCAUUCACUUUGACCUCAUCUACUUUAGCUGGAAGAAGCUACGUGCAGUCUGACAGGAACGGAGGUGUGUUCAAUAUCAUCUCACUGAAAGCAAAUUGGAUCUACGACUGUAUGGCUCCCUUAUCUGGAGACGUCUUCGCACUUGUUUUGCUACCCUGUGUCACUGAUAUAAGAAAAAAUAAAAUUAAAACUACAUCCAGCUAACUCCGGAGCAGAAAAGACAUCCUCUGGUGGAGAAGAGGUCAUGUAUUUUAUGUAUCAGAGGACAACGUUCUCAUCUGGUGCCUCUAUCACCAAGACACUGUUAGUGCCUUCCAAAACCGUCUCUGUCAAAAAAUCAUUGUUUCACUCAAGAAGGUUUUUGUGAAGAAUAAAACAUCAAUGAGUUUUAUUACAUUUUACUGUUUUUUUCUUAUGAUAACGAAUAGUCAUCUGUUACCAGCAGAGUCAUUAAAGGCUGCCUGAUCAAUCCAAUCAGGCAAAGUAGUCCUAGCUUUAGUUUCUCAUUCAGGAGGUCAAAGGUCAGAGUAAGCUGCACAUCGGACAUACAGGGUUCUGUACUUGUUCUUUUGUGGAGGAUGGUGGACCUUAUCAUUGAGACUGUAUGUAGAUAGAAACACGCAGUCGAGUUAAUUUGCACCUUUUUAAAGAAAAACUGUACGUGUGGAUAUGUGCACAUAAAGAAUGUAUCAUGUGUAAUUGUUUAUGUUUAAUACUGAAGUCAUUAUUUUUGUUUUAAUGAUCCAAAUGUGAGCAAAUAAAGUCUCUUGCGUUAA